UUUUUGUUCAACUUUUCCAACUGCAUUUUGUUUUACGACAUUUUUAUUAUAUUGAUCUAUCUUUAUUUUAGCACACACAUUUUUCUCUAUUUAAAUUUCUAUCACGUACACUUAUUUUUCGUUAGCAUCUUAACCAUGAGCCAAGCUUCAGCCGUUAAUAAAAACCCGCUCAAUACCAUAGAAAUCAAGCGCACCUUGAUGAAGUUGUUCGUGGGCGGCGUUAUUUUUGAAGUGUCAAAUGUUGAGCAAGCAAGAAUUGCCGAGCGUUCUGGCGGUCGCGGCAUUGUGCUUAAACAAGAAGAUAACGAUGGAGUUAACCGCAUGGCAGACACUGGCAAAAUAAAAGAGCUUGUUGACGCCGUUUCUCUACCCAUUAUUGGAAGGGUACGAAUUGGGCACACAGUCGAAGCGAGUCUUAUGGAAAGAGCCGGCGCAAACAUCAUUGACGAAAGCGAAGCAUUGGCCUUUAGGGAGGGGGCCACACCCAUCGACAAGAACAAACAAGAAACUCCAUUCAUAUGCGGCGCAUCUACUUUGGAUGAGUUAUUUAAGGCUAUUAACAGUGGGGCAGCUAUGAUUCGUAUUGUAGGUGACAGUGAAAAUGAGGACAAUGACAAUGCACUCAAUCUUAUUCAAACUUUGAAGAACAUCUUGGAGAAUAAAAAGAUGCUCAUAAAACACUUACAAGCAAAAGUCAACAUUGAGGCUAUGCCUAUACUUCCCGAAGUACCCGACGAUAACGGUGACGUUGAGGAAAGCGAAAGAACAACAAAGCUAAUAGAAAUCAACGAAGCAAUUGAGGGAAUUAUUUCAAACUCAGCACCUGUUAUGGAAAAUAUUAAAAAGUUUGCAGCUCUAGACAAGCUCCCAGUACCCAUAUUUACAACCGUCACCCAUCCUUCGCCAGCCGACGCAGCCAUGCUAAUGCAGAAUGGCUUUGAUGGUAUAACUGUAAGCGAGUCAAUUUUUACGGGCCAUGCAAACCCAUUGAGAUAUGCCAACUCGAUUAUCAAGGUUGUCGCAAAUCCCAAGAACUUGAACAUACUGGCAGAGGUGACCGAGAGCAUAGGCAUGUAUGCAUUCAACAACUAAUAAUGCGGUUGUUCGCGUCCAUGUGCCUUGCAACGCUAUUUUUAAGUUCUUUAUUUGUUUCGUUUAUUUUUCAAUACAUUUAUUUCCC